ACUGCGCAUGCGCACGACGAUCCCAUUCUUGUCCUGCGGGCAGCAUUCCGGGUGGAGAGAGAAAGACAGAGGAGCGCUGAGGCCGUACACUAUAUUUACAACAAAAAACACGGGCUGUAUGUCUGGAGCAGCUUCGGCGUUUCAUCAGGAUAUGGGCUAUCCAGGCCAGAUCCCGGGAUAAGACGUAGCCCUGUCCGUCCAUCUCCAUCUGCUGUAUUGCCUGCUCACCAAAACCACCUCUUCUACCACUACACGGUUUGGCUCGGCUCCUCUAAGAGUAGAAAAGGGGCAAAAACACCCCAAGUGGGAGGGAGUAGUAAACUUUCCCCAGCUGCUGUCCAGACACAUGCAUGCUGCAUUGCUGCCAUUCCCCAAGCCCUGCUCCGUCCAUCCUUAGGGCACGGCCACUAGCUUGCUAGCAAGCUAGCAUUUGGCACAAAACAAAGGCCUGUCUUCAGGGAUAAAAAUACAAUCAGACUGUGUACACUUGCCCCUUUCUUUUUACUCCGUUUUCCAGGUCAACCAGCCACAUACCCACCAAGAGCAUCUCCUUUGAUUUAGCUGUCAUUCCCACUGCUUUGAGCAGUGGAGGAUUGCUAGUACCCAGCCAGUCAGUCAGUCACUUAGCCAGGCACACUGAGGAAGGCACAGGGGGUGUUUAUUGGAGGCCAGGAUGAUGGAGCCCAGUAUGGAGAACUGCCUGGCCCAGGUCCUGCAGAAGGAUGUGGGCCGGCGACUGCAGGUGGGACAAGAGAUCAUUGAUUACAUUUUGGACAAGGAGAAGUCCCACGACCUGGAGCAGGAUCAGACAGCACUGGACAAGAUGGUCGAUGGCAUCGCCAGCUCCUGGGUCAACUCCAGCAACUUCAAGGUGGCUCUGCUCGGUUUGGACCUCUUAUCUGCUUUAUUGUCGAGGUUACAGGAGCGAUUUCGAGCCCAGGUGGGAACAGUUCUCCCCAGUCUUAUUGAUCGAUUGGGAGAUGCCAAAGACCAAGUGCGAGACCAAGACCAAACACUGCUGCUAAAGAUCAUGGAACAAGCUGCCACCCCACAGUAUAUAUGGGACAGAAUGUUAGGAGGAUUCAAACAUAAGAACAACAGGACCAGAGAAGGAGUGUGCCUUUGUCUCAUUGCCACGCUGAACACAUAUGGAGCUCAAGGCUUGACCCUCAGUAAAAUUGUUCCUCACAUAUGUAACCUCUUGGGGGACCCCACAAGCCAGGUACGUGAUGGGGCUAUGAACUGCUUGGUGGAGAUCUACAGACAUGUGGGUGAGAGGGUGAGGAUGGACCUCUGCAAAAAGGGCCUACCACAGUCACGGCUCAAUGUAAUCUUCAGCAAAUUUGAUGAAGUCCAAAGAUCUGGGAACAUGAUCUCCUCCUGUGGCUCAGAUAAGAAUUUUGAGGAUGAGGAUUCUGUGGAUGGAGGCCGGUCCUCCUCCUCCUCCUCCUCCAAAGCGCCCCCUAGUGGCAGGAAGACCGUAAUGAGUUCUGUCAGAAGACCCAGCUCAGCCACCACAGCUAAGCCCACAGGUAAAGAAGCAGGUGCAGGCGCUGUAGAUGAAGAAGAUUUCACCAAAGCCUUUGAAGACGUGCCCUCGGUCCAGAUCUACUCUAACAGAGAGUUAGAGGACCAGCUGACCAAGAUCAGAGAAGUGCUAUCUGAUGACAAACAUGACUGGGAGCACCGAGUGGUAGCACUGAAGAAAGUGCGCUCACUCAUGCUGGCUGGGGUCGCUGACUACGAGGGCUUCCCUCAGCAGCUGCGUCUCCUGGAGGCUGCCUUUAAACUGUCAGCUAAAGACCUGCGCUCUCAGGUGGUCCGUGAGACCUGCAUCACACUGGGUCAUUUGUCAUCGAUCCUGGGUAACAAGUUUGACCAUGGAGCAGAGAGUGUCAUGCCCACACUGCUGAACUUGGUGCCCAACAGUGCCAAAGUCAUGGCCACGUCUGGAGUGGCUGCCAUCCGCCUCAUCCUCAGGCACACACACUACCCGCGACUUAUCCCCAUCAUCACCAGCAACUGCACCUCCAAAUCAGUAGCAGUCAGACGACGCUGCUAUGAGUUCCUAGACCUUAUGUUACAAGAGUGGCAGACUAAUACACUGGAAAGACACGUGGCUGUUCUGACUGAGACCAUCAAGAAAGGCAUACAUGAUGCUGACUCUGAGGCCAGAUCCAUCGCAAGAAAGUGUUACUGGGGUUUCCAUGGUCACUACAGUCGAGAGGCAGAGCAUCUGUUCCAAGCGCUGGAGUCCACCUAUCAGAAGGCCCUCCAGUCUCACCUGAAGAGCUCUGACAGCAUUGUGUCUCUACCCCAGUCUGACCGCUCCUCGUCGUCUUCUCAGGAAAGUCUUAACCGGCCAUUGUCUGUGAAGAGCCUCAUAGGAGGGAGCAUGACAAGGAGUAAGCUGGUGAGCACCAGGGUGCCUACAACACCGGGUUCUCUCCAGCGUUCCCGUAGCGACAUUGAUGUAAAUGCCGCCUCCAGCGCUAAGUCACGUUUGUCCACUGUUCCUGCCUCCUCACCGUUCAGUUCUGCGGCUGCUCUUCCCCCAGGGUCCUAUGCCUCACUAGAUGGCACUCCCAGUAAAAGUGAUGGUCGUGUUCGUACCAGGAGACAAAGCUCAGGCAGUGUGGGUGGGGCCAACACCUCAGUGGUGGACAGUAGGGGGCGCAGCCGAGCCAAAGUGGUCUCCCAGUCCCAGCGAUCCAGAUCAGCCAAUCCCAUCAGUGCUGGCAGCCGCUCUAGCUCCCCAGGCAAGCUGCUUGGCCAGAGCAGCUAUGGCCGGAUCCCUCGUGCGACCGUAUCGGCCUCCACCACACCAGCUGACAAGCGCAGCAGGAUCCCUCGCAGUCAGGGCUGCAGCCGUGAGACCAGCCCCAACCGACUGGGUCUUGCCAGCCUGUGUGGUAAAGCUCUUCUUCCUGCUGCUCUUCCCUACCGCACGCUAGCUCGGAGCCGCAUUCCCCGUCCCAGCAUGAGUCAAGGUUGCAGUCGCGACACCAGUCGCGAGAGCAGCCGUGACACCAGCCCCGCUCGGGGCUUCACUCCUCUGGCCUCCCGACGUCACUCCCGUUCAACCAGCGCUCUCUCCACAGCUGACCCCCACAGCCAGUCAGACCGGUAUGGUUUGAUUCACCAAGCGAGAAUCUCUGCGUCAGUCAACGCCAUGAGGGUCCUUAACACCGGCACCGAGGUGGAGGCAGCGGUUGCUGAUGCUCUGCUAUUAGGAGACUCCAGGAAUAAGAGGAAGCCUUUGAGACGAAGGUACGAAUCCCCAGGGAUGUACUCUGAUGACGAUGCCAACAGUGAUGCAUCCAGCGCCUGCUCGGAACGCUCGUAUGGCUCACGAAACGGAGGUAUACCCCAUUACCUGCGCCAGACCGAGGAUGUGGCCGAGGUCCUGAACCACUGUGCCAGCUCAAACUGGUCAGAGAGGAAGGAGGGCCUGCUGGGCCUGCAGAAUCUCCUCAAGAGCCAGAGAAUAUUGAGCCGAGUGGAGUUGAAAAGACUUUGUGAGAUCUUCACAAGGAUGUUUGCAGAUCCACAUAGCAAGAGAGUGUUCAGCAUGUUCCUGGAGACUCUUGUGGACUUCAUCACAGUACACAAGGAGGAUCUGCAGGACUGGCUUUUCGUUCUGCUCACCCAGCUGCUGAAGAAAAUGGGUGCAGACUUGCUGGGCUCAGUCCAGGCCAAAGUACAAAAGGCCCUGGAUGUCACAAGGGAGUCCUUCCCAUUUGACCAGCAGUUCAACAUUCUGAUGAGGUUUAUUGUCGAUCAGACUCAGACACCAAACCUCAAGGUAAAGGUGGCCAUUUUAAAGUACAUCGAGUCCCUGGCCCGACAGAUGGACCCGACGGACUUUGUCAACUCCAGUGAGACGCGCUUGGCCGUGUCUCGCAUUAUAACCUGGACCACUGAACCCAAAAGCUCUGAUGUCAGGAAGACCCUUCAUAACUGGGUGAGCGAGGAGCUAGCUGGCAGGUCCAGUACUGCAGCUUUACUGACUGCUGAGGGCAACCAGGAGGAAAGGUGUAAGCAGGCGGCCCAGGUGGUGCUAAUUGCUCUGUUUGAGCUCAACACACCAGAGUUCACCAUGCUGCUGGGAGCUCUGCCCAAGACCUUCCAGGACGGAGCCACCAAGCUGCUGCACAGCCACCUGAAGAACUCCAGCAAUACCAGCAGCAAUGUGGGGUCUCCGAGCAACACCAUUGGCAGGACACCGCCACGGCACGCUCCCAGUAGAACCAGCCCCCUCACCUCUCCAACAAACUGUUCCCAUGGAGGACUGUCUCCAAGUCGGUUAUGGGGUUGGGGUGUCGACGGACUGUCAAAGCACCCCCCUGCCCCUCCUCCUCCUCCUCCUCCUCACUCCACCCCUGCUGCCCCCUCACUAAGGGUCCUGCGCAGAGCGUUUUCACCCAGCAUGAUGGAGUAUGACACUGAGAACAUGAACUCAGAGGAGAUCUACAGCUCGCUUCGCGGCGUCACCGAGGCCAUCCAGAGCUUCAGCUACCGAAGCCAGGAGGACCUGAAUGAGCCGAUCAGACGGGAGGUCAAGAGGGACGAUGCAGCUGGAAGAGAAGGAGUAGCAUCAUCCCCUGGCUCUGAUGCCCGCCUGGGCUUAGACAUGGUGGAAGGAGGUCGCACUGCCUUGGACAACAAGACCUCACUACUCAACACGCCAUCUCCACGCUCCUUCUCUGGGCCACGGAGUCGUGAGUUCGCCCCUUAUGGCUACGGGGAAACCAUCUGCACAUAUGAUAAGAGCGCCCUGAAGGAGGCCGUCUUUGACGAUGAUGUGGAGCAGUUUCGUGAUGGCCGACGUCAGGAAAGUGGUGAAAACAAGAUGACGUUCCCCAAAGUCUUUGCUCCUGUCGGUCAGGACCACUCGGACCUGGUAGCUGAUCUACUGAAGGAACUGUCCAAUCACAACGAGCGUUCUGAGGAGCGUAAAGGCGCCCUGGUGGAGCUGCUGAAGAUCACACGAGAAGAUAACCUGGCUGUGUGGGAUGAACACUUUAAAACCAUCCUCCUCCUGCUGCUGGAGACACUGGGUGACAAAGAUCACACCAUUCGAGCCCUGGCCCUGCGUGUGCUGAAAGAAAUUCUGAAGAACCAGCCAGCCCGCUUCAAAAACUAUGCUGAGCUUACCAUCAUGAAGACCUUGGAGGCUCACAAAGAUUCUCACAAGGAGGUGGUGCGUGCAGCUGAGGACGCAGCAGCCACCCUGGCUGGCUCCAUCCACCCAGAGCAGUGCAUCAAGGUGCUGUGCCCUAUUGUGCAGACCGCCGACUACCCCAUCAACCUGGCUGCCAUCAAGAUGCAAACCAAAGUCACUGAACGCAUCGCCAAGGACUCCCUACUGCAGCUGCUGCCGGACAUCAUCCCUGGACUCCUGCAGGGUUAUGACAUCACAGAGAGCAGCGUUCGCAAGGCCAGUGUCUUCUGUCUGGUGGCUAUCUACUCUGUGAUUGGUGAGGAGCUCAAACCCCACCUGGCACAGCUCACGGGCAGCAAGAUGAAGUUGCUGAACCUGUACAUCAAACGGGCCCAGACGACCAACAGCAACAGCAGCAGUUCCUCAGAUGUCUCCUCUCACAGUUAAUGGAGGGAGGUUGCCGUUGUGAAUCCCGUAGACAGGCGGCAUUCAAAGGAUUGCCAGGACAUAGCCACGCUUCUUUCAUACUUCUCUGUCUCUGAGCUUCCCCUCCUCCUCAGCAUAACUUCUCCCUGCACAUCACUGGCUUCCUUUCUCCUCCCCAGACUGAAACAUUGGGUAGGUUUUUGGUGGGGAGUCACUUAGCACGCUACGAGUUCUCAGAUUUAGGAAAUGCUCUUCCUCCAUGGUCCCCACAACCUCCACACCACAUUUUGUCAAUGGAAGCCUGCUCCUCCUGGAGCCACGACAUGAAAUAGGAUAAGGAGUUGGCACAUAAUGUCAUGAAAUAUUCCUCAUCGGGGUGGAGGAAAUGUUACUGUACAAGAGACAUUUUUGUCCAAUCACCUACAGUUUGGGAUGAAGUGUCAUUUGGCUGGCCCAGUGAUGGUAUUAAGCUUAUCGGGUUUUGGGCUGAAUUCUAGUUCGGGGAACAUUACAACCAAAUAUUGAAAGACAAAAUGUGUGUGAGGGAACAAUGUGAUUGGAAAAGAAAGCACUGUUUGAGUAUUUUUGGUCACUAUUUUAGUUUUACUGACUAUGGUCAGGGCUCAUAGAAGCUUUAUGUCAGCUGUAGUUUUUUAAUAGUGAUUUGUACUGUAGAGAGGCUGGACAGACUCAAUCCUCCUUUCAUGAAAACAAAGUCAACAAGGUGACAGGUUACCCAGACACAGUGUAGACAAUCCUUCAGACUGCCUGCAGAUGGUUAUUUUGAGGUAUAAAAGAUGAAACUGCCCUUAAACUGCACAGUUAAAGCUGACUGAAUUUGCCUUGGAAUCCAGACUCAGCAGGCAGUAGGAGAUGAGCCCUUGACGAGUUGUGUUGCCUGUAUUUACACACUGAAUUGUGUAUCAGUCUUGAAAAUUGUUUUUCUUUGAACAUAUUUUCACAAACAGAAGACAACAUUGGUUGCCAGUUUGUGACCUCUCGUGCGUCCAUCUGCGAGGCUGCUGCUCAGUCGAAGUGUGGUGGGUGACUUUAUCUGAAGAGGAGCUCUUUUGUAAAUAUUGAAGAUGGUUUCCCUGCUUGGAAUCAGGAGAAAACAGCGAUCCGAGACACUAGAAGAGACAUUUCCAGGCCUUAUUCACUUUAUACAUGCUCAUGUUUGUUGAGUGGGACUGUGGUGAGUGGAUGGGAUGUACUGUACAGCACUGUAACUCUUGGCUCUCAAAAAAAAUGUGAAUCUGCUGAAAAAAAUGAGCCCGGCGUUGUUUUUGACCUGUGACGAUGCAAACACAGUAUUAGUUGUUCCCUCUGACCUCCUUCAGUUCCUCUCGCCUCACCACAGCACCUCCAGUAACCCUGACUCCACAAAUAAAGGAGUGUACACAAAAAGGAACAGUGAACAGGUUGACUGUCCCACUUUUCUUUGCACGUUAGCUAAAUAGCUUGCAUGUAAUCUGCAGCACAUGUCAACCCGGUGCUGAUUUGAAGGGCCCGAGUUUUUGGCUGUGAAAGUGCACUUUUAACAACAUCUGGUUAUCUCUGAUUUAAUGUUUCAGUAGUGGAGCUAGUCAUUAGCCAUGCUCAUGGGUAAAAGCAGCAGCUGUUGACUGAAACCAAGUCUUUUGGGUAUUUAACCUGGUAGAAGUAUUCUGAGUCCAUGGGCAUGGCUGGGAAUGCUGAUCCCUGCUACACGGAUUCCUGAUUGGAAGGGGAUUUCCCCAUCUGAUCACAUUCUCAUUAUUCCAUAUGAUUUGGUUUGUUAUGGUACAGCUAACGUGCUGUGGAGAAAGAUCAGACUUACUGUUUUUAUAUUAUUUGCUAACUUCUAGCAGCUUAAUCAUAAGGAACUGUAAGUGUUCCUGAUUUCAGCCUGAGUCCUUGGAUGGGCACUAUGGGACUCGCAGUUUUGUGCUGAGGGGUGUUUUCUUCUAGGUAAUCCACUGAGGAUGACCAGGUUCUGAUUAUUUAAGUGAAUGAAUGUACAGACUUUACUUACAUGUGUUACAGUUUAGCUUUUUAAUUAUUGGUACUGAAAACGAUUUCAGCAACGCGCGGCCCUGUACAUUCUGACGUUUACCCGCCAGCGCUCGGCCUCACUCUUCUUUCUGAAUUCCUUCAGAAGUUUCAGACCAUUAAUCACCUGGCUUUUGUUAUAAAUGGGGCUUCUCCCAGUUAAAGCAAAUCUGUAGUUAGUUUAAGGGAAACGCGUCCAGCAGUCACCAGACGUCUGGUUGCUUGGUCUAAGAAACAGACGCGAUGGUAUUCUUUGCAAACUGUUCACUAUGCAUGUUCUUUAUUUUGUCUGUCGGCCAUGUAAUAUUCCUACCUGUAUUUAUAUAUUCUGUCUUUAUUUUAUUUUGUUCUCAUAAUGACUUGUACAGAAAGUUUUUGUUAAGACCCACCUGUGAUAAAGAAAUUGUUUGCUCCAAAAAUAAACACU